UGGCCAUACAGCAUGGCACACAUUUAAAUGAAACAGAGGCAGGGAAGCACAGGAGCGAGAGUAAUUUUUAGGGCAAGGCUAGUGACUAGCAAAGGGUUAGCUCAGCCAGAUUCAAACAGGAGCCCAAAGGCACGCAGGAGAUAAAGGGAUCCCGAGAGGAAUAUAGGUCAGCCCGGGCUCUGUUCACGUUGGAUGCGCAUCGAUCUGAAAGUAUUUGCGGAGCCAUCGUUAAACUAACAGAGCCGAAACUCUCACACCACCAUGGAGGAGAUCGUCAUAGCUGGAAUUUCAGGCCGGCUACCAGAGUCUAACAAUUUGGAAGAAUUUUGGCAGAACCUUUUCAAUGGAGUUGACAUGGUCACAGAGGACGACAGGAGAUGGAAGCCAGGUCUGUACGGACUUCCUCCCAGAAAUGGAAAACUGAAAGAAAUAGACAGAUUUGAUGCAGCCUUCUUUGGAGUCCAUCCUAAACAGGCCCACACCAUGGACCCGCAGCUGAGGCUUAUGCUGGAGAUAUCAUACGAGGCCAUCGUUGAUGGAGGCAUAAACCCAGUGUCCAUGCGUGGCACUAAGACUGGUGUGUACAUUGGCGUGAGUGGUUCUGAGGCAGGCGAGGCUUUCAGCAGAGACCCAGAGGAGCUGCUGGGCUACAGCAUGACCGGCUGCCAGCGUGCCAUGUUCGCCAAUCGCCUGUCUUACUUCUUUGACUUCAAUGGCCCCAGCACAGCCAUUGACACAGCAUGCUCCUCCAGUCUUCUGGCUCUGGAGAAUGCUUUUAAUGCUAUUCGGCAUGGCCAGUGUGAUGCAGCCCUCGUUGGAGGAGUCAACUUACUGCUUAAGCCCAACACCUCAGUGCAGUUCAUGAAAUUGGGCAUGCUCAGUCCCGAUGGAACCUGCAAGUCUUUUGACUCAUCAGGAAAUGGGUACUGUCGUUCAGAAGCUGCUGUGGCUGUACUCCUGACUAGGAAGUCCAUGGCCAAGAGAGUUUAUGCCACAGUGCUCAAUGCUGGCAACAACACAGACGGCUACAAAGAACAAGGUGUGACGUUUCCCUCAGGGGACAUGCAGCAGCUUUUGGUCCGCUCCCUAUACGAAGAGGCCAACAUUUCACCUGAGCAGGUGGAGUACGUUGAGGCCCAUGGCACUGGCACCAAGGUUGGGGAUCCACAGGAAGUGAACGGCAUUGUCAGUGUGUUCUGCCAGUCACGGCAGGAGCCAUUGCUUAUCGGUUCCACCAAAUCCAACAUGGGCCAUCCUGAGCCUGCUUCUGGGCUGGCUGCCCUUGCCAAAGUGGUCUUGUCUCUUGAGCAUGGCAUGUGGGCACCCAACAUCCACUUUAACGAUCCCAACCCAGACAUUCCUGCACUAACAGACGGGCGAGUGCGUGUUGUCUCUGAGCCUCUUCCCAUCCGUGGGGGCAUUGUGGGCAUCAACUCGUUCGGCUUUGGAGGCUCAAAUGUCCAUGUGAUCCUGCGCCCAGCCAGACCCGAACCACCUCCGGCAGCUUCGCCACCGUCCAUCCCCAGACUGGUGCAGGCAUGCGGGCGCACUGAGGAGGCCACUGCCUAUCUCCUACAAAAAGCCCAAGAGAACAGCCAGAACCCAGCUUUUCUGACACUGCUGAAUGAUGUGUCAGCUGUCCCCACCGCAAGCAUGCCCUUCAGGGGCUACACACUGGUGGGAGCUCAAGGGGAAGUGAAGGAGAUCCAGCAGGCCCAGCCCACACCCAGGCCGCUCUGGUACAUCUGCUCUGGUAUGGGCACGCAGUGGGCUGGUAUGGGCCGUAGCCUGAUGCAGUUGCAGGAGUUCAGAGAGUCCAUCCUUCGUACAGAUGAGGCUCUGAAGGACACCGGGUUAUGCGUGUCACGCCUGCUCACGGAGGCUGAUGAGAACACCUUUGAGGACACAGUCCAUGCCUUUGUGGGCCUUGCAGCCAUUCAGAUUGCACAAAUAGAUAUGCUACAGAAGAUCGGUCUCCAGCCGGAUGGAAUUGUGGGCCACUCUGUGGGAGAAUUGGCUUGUGGCUAUGCAGAUGGCUCCCUCAGCCACAGUGAGGCCAUCCUGGCUGCCUACUGGAGGGGCAGGUGCAUCAAAGAAGCCAAUCUACCAGCUGGGGGCAUGGCUGCAGUGGGUCUGACCUGGGAGGAGUGUAAAGCUCAGUGCCCACAAGGAGUUGUCCCAGCCUGCCACAAUGCAGAAGACACGGUCACUAUCUCUGGACCGCAGGAGGCAGUGAGAAAAUUUGUGGCUCAGCUGAAGGAGAGUGGCGUAUUUGCCAAAGAAGUGCGCAGUGCUGGUGUCGCAUUCCACUCCUAUUACAUGGCUUCAAUUGCUCCUUCACUGCUUGCUGCACUGCAGAGGGUGAUCAAAAACCCACGACCUCGUUCUGCACGCUGGAUCAGUACAUCCAUCCCUCAGUCUGAUUGGGAAUACCCACUGGCCCUCUACUCUUCAGCUGAGUAUCAUGUCAACAAUCUGGUGAGCCCUGUACUCUUCCAGGAAGGCUUGAGCCUUGUGCCUGACAAUGCUGUGGUGGUGGAGAUAGCACCACAUGCCCUGCUGCAGGCCAUUCUGAAGCGCAGCCUCAAGCCCACUUGUUCUAUUCUUCCCUUGAUGAAGAGGGGGCAUGCCAACAACCUGGAGUUCUUCCUUUCGCACAUAGGAAAGAUCUACAUGAAUAGUAUUAAUGUGGACAGUAAACAGCUUUAUCAAGCUGUGGAGUACCCUGUCCCAGUGGGGACUCCACUCAUCUCCCCUCUAAUCCAGUGGGACCACUCUCAGAGUUGGGACGUGCCUAAGGUGGAAGACUUCCCAGCUGGCUCUGGAGGCUCCACCUCAGCCACUGUUUACAACAUCGACACAAGCCCUGAAUCCCCAGACCACUACAUGAUUGGCCAUUGUAUUGAUGGGCGGGUCCUGUACCCGGCCACUGGUUACCUGGUGCUGGCGUGGAGAACACUAAUGAGAACACUGGGCACUGUAAUGGAACACACCCCUGUCACCUUUGAGGACGUGACCAUCCAUAGAGCCACCAUUCUGCCCAAGACCGGGUCUGUCCAGUUGGAGGUUCGUCUCAUGCCUGCCACUAACCGCUUUGAGGUGUCUGAGAAUGGCAACCUGGCAGUCAGUGGUAAGGUAAGUGUGUUGGAGGAUGCAGCACUGGACACCUUCCGCUCUCAGCUGGCAGAGCCUGUGACCAUGGAGGCGGAGGACCCUAAACUGCACCUGAAAGCUGGAGACAUCUACAAAGAGCUGCGUCUGCGUGGAUAUGACUAUGGCAAAACCUUCCAGGGCAUUUUGGAGUCCAACAAUGCUGGUGAUCAAGGGAAGCUGCAGUGGACAGGUAACUGGGUGACAUUUCUGGACACCAUGCUGCAGAUGAUUGUAGUGGGCUUGUCUGGUCGCAGCCUGCGCCUCCCUACCCGUAUCCGCUCAGUGUAUGUGGACCCCACUCUACACGAGGAGCGGGUUCAGGACUAUCCAGAAGACAGGAAAGCUGUUGAUGUCCAUGUCAACCGCUGCCUGGACAAUAUUACAGCAGGCGGAGUUCAGAUCUGUGGUCUGCAUGCCACGGUAGCACCACGUCGCCAACAGCAACAGACUCCGCCUACUCUGGAGGAGUUUGUCUUUGUGCCCUAUGUGGAGACUGAGUGCCUGAGAUCAAGUGAUAAAUUGGGAGAACAACUCAGACAUUGCAAAGGUCUGGUUAAAAGUCUCCAGAGAAAGCUGGCCAGUCAGGGAGUGAAGAUAUCCAUCCCGGGGCUGGAAGGUGCCUCUGAGGACCAGUUGAUUGAUGCAGAGGCAGGGGGUGGCCUGCUGCGGCUGCUCUCGGUAUUAUGUGGCCUGGAGCUCAAUGGUAACCUGCGCUCGGAACUGGAGCAGACAGUGCAGAAGGAGAGGGAGUGCCUGCUGCACGACCCACUCCUCAGCGGCCUGCUGGACUCCCAUGCUCUGCGCCACUGCCUGGACACUGCCCUGGAGAAUGCCACUCCUGGAAAACUUAAAGUCAUUGAGGCUCUCUCCAGCGAUGGUCGUGUGUUCUCCCGUGCCGUCAGUCUCCUCAACAUUCAGCCAAUGCUACGUCUGGACUACACAGCAUCUGACCUCGGCACAGAGCUGUUUGCUGCCCAACAGAGCUCCCUGGAGGAGCAAGGAAUCUCAUUUGUUCAGUGGGACCCUCAGCAGGGUCCUGCCUCAGGAGGCCUGACUGGUGCAGACCUGGUGGUGUGUAACUCUGUGCCAGGACCUGUGACAAGCCCAGCUACACUGCUGGAAAACCUGGCCUCAGCUACUAGAGAGGGGGGCUUUGUCUUGCUGCACACUCUGCUGAGAGGAGACACACUGGGUGAGACAGUGGCUUUCCUCACAUCUUUGGACAAUCAGAAUGGACUCCUAACUCAGGUGGAAUGGGAGAAGCUGUUUGAGAAGGCCUCCCUGAAUGUGGUCGUAAUGAAGAAAUCCUUCUACGGCUCAGCUCUCUUCCUUGGCCGUAGACAAAGCCCUGAGAAACAGCCCAUCGCUGUGUCUGUGGACUCUACCGAUUACAAAUGGGUAGAGACUCUUAAGAGCAUACUGGCUGAAACAUCAGAGGAACCAGUGUGGCUCACUGCCUCUCAAGGCCAUAAUGGAGUGGUGGGAAUGGUCAACUGCCUCAGACAGGAACCUGGGGGCCACCGCAUUCGGUCUGUGUUCGUGUCUAAUCUGGAGAAGUCAUCUGAAGCCCCCUCCCUCUCGCUUACCCAUAAGGACAUGCAACCAGUGCUACAAAAGGACCUCUGUAUGAACGUGUAUCGGGAUGGCCAGUGGGGGGCGUUCAGACACCAGCUGCUGCCACAAGAUUUAAGUGAGGAGUUGACCGAGCAGGCCUACGUUAACGUGCUGACUCGUGGGGAUCUCUCCUCACUGCGCUGGAUUGCGUCACCACUGCGGCACUUUGUUCCAUCCAACCCCAAUGUGCAGCUCUGCCGUGUCUAUUAUUCCUCCCUCAACUUCCGAGACAUCAUGCUGGCAACUGGCAAACUGCCACCAGACGCUAUUCCUGGAGACAUAGCGCUGCAGCAGUGCAUGCUGGGAAUGGAGUUCUCAGGCCGGGACCCCAGUGGGCGUCGGGUCAUGGGCUUGCUGCCUGCUAAAGGCCUUGCCACCUGUGUGGAUGCAGACAAGCGGUUCCUCUGGGAUGUCCCAUCCAGCUGGACUCUGGAGCAGGCUGCUUCAGUGCCUGUUGUCUAUGCUACGGCAUAUUACUCCAUGGUGGUCCGUGGGCGCCUAAGGCCUGGUGAGAGUGUGCUCAUCCACUCUGGCUCUGGAGGAGUGGGCCAGGCUGCCAUCGCCAUUGCACUCAGCAUGCACUGCAGAGUCUUCACUACUGUUGGUUCCAAAGAGAAAAGGGCGUACCUGCAGGAGCGAUUCCCACAGCUCACUGCGGAGUCAUUUGCUAACUCAAGAGAUGCCUCUUUUGAGCAACAUGUGCUGAAGCACACACGGGGCAAAGGAGUCGAUGUGGUUCUGAACUCCCUGGCUGAGGAGAAGCUGCAGGCCAGCUUACGUUGUUUGGCCAGGCACGGGCGCUUCUUGGAGAUUGGCAAAUAUGACCUGUCAAACAACACCCCUCUGGGCAUGGCUCUGUUCCUGAAAAACGUGGCCUUUCAUGGAAUUCUGCUGGAUGCUCUGUUUGAAGAGGGUAACCGCGAGUGGGAGGAGGUGUCGGAGCUGCUAAAGAAGGGCAUUGCUGACGGCGUGGUGCAGCCGCUCCGCACUACAGUGUUUGAAAGAAACCAGGUGGAGGACGCCUUCCGCUAUAUGGCUCAGGGCAAGCACAUCGGCAAGGUCCUGCUGCAGGUACGUUCAGAGGAAAAGGGAAGCGGCAAGUCUACAGCUACUCCUCUCGCUCUGCCUGCUAUCUGCCGCACCUUCUACCCUGCCUCACACUCCUACAUCAUCACAGGAGGUCUGGGAGGCUUCGGGCUGGAGCUGGCUCACUGGCUAACUGAGAGAGGAGCUCGCAAGCUGGUGCUCACCUCUCGCUCUGGCAUCCGCAACGGUUACCAGGCUAAGCGUGUUCGUGAAUGGCAAGCUGCAGGCAUCCAGGUUUUAGUGUCAACUAGUGAUGUCAGCAGCCUGGAAGGGACGGAGCGUCUGAUCACUGAAGCUUACCGUUUGGGCCCUGUGGGAGGCAUCUUCCACCUUGCCAUGGUGUUGAAAGAUGGCAUGCUUGAGAAUCUAACACCACAGCAAUUUGUUGAGGUCAACCAGCCUAAAUAUGAUGGAACCCUAAACUUGGAUCGAGUGACGAGGCAGAAGUGUCCUGAGCUGCAGCACUUUGUGGUUUUCUCCUCGGUCAGCUGUGGCCGUGGCAACGCUGGUCAGAGCAACUAUGGCUUUGCCAAUUCCACCAUGGAGCGGGUGUGUGAGCAGCGUCGCCACGACAACCUGCCAGGCCUGGCCAUCCAGUGGGGUGCCAUUGGUGAUGUGGGUGUUGUCUUGGAAACCAUGGGUGGGAAUGAUGCAGUGAUUGGUGGGACCUUGCCCCAGCGCAUGGCAUCCUGCCUAGAGGUGCUGGACCGUUUCCUGUGCCAGAAACAGGCUGUCAUGUCCAGCUUUGUGCUGGCAGAGAGGGUGCAGGUGGCAAAGGGAGAAAGCAGUGGACAGAGGGACCUGGUGGAGGCAGUGGCUCACAUCCUGGGUGUGCGUGAUGUGAACAGCCUGAAUGCUGAUGCUUCAUUGGCUGAUCUGGGUCUGGAUUCGCUGAUGGGUGUGGAAGUGAGGCAGACACUGGAGAGGGACUAUGACAUUGUGAUGGCAAUGAGAGAAAUACGGCAACUCACCAUCAACAAGCUGCGCGAGCUGUCCAGCAAGUCAGGAGGGUCUGAGGAACCCAGGCCAGCACAGGCAAAGCGCACUGGGGCUCUGGCUCUGCUGGAGUCAGAUGUCAGCCAGAUGCUGGUGAACCCAGACAGCCCCACUGUGACACGUCUGAAUGAGGUCCAGAGUGCAGAAAGGCCGCUGUUCCUCAUCCACCCCAUUGAGGGUUCCAUUGCUGCCUUCCGCACCCUCACCGCCAAACUGAGUGUGCCUUGCUACGGCCUGCAGUGCACCAAAGCUGCUCCACUGGACAGUAUACAGAGCCUGGCAGCAUAUUAUGUGGACUGUGUGAGACAGGUGCAGCCCGAGGGCCCAUAUCGUAUUGCUGGCUACUCCUUUGGUGCCUGUGUGGCUUUUGAGAUGUGCUCUCAGUUGCAGGAGGCACAGUGCCCUGUGGAAUACCUUUUCCUUUUCGAUGGCUCCCAUUCCUAUGUUGCAGCCUACACGCAGAGCUACAGGGCCAAGCUGACCCCAGGCAACGAGUCUGAGGCUGAGACUGAAGCGCUAUGUGCUUUCAUCCAGCAGUUCACCGGAACUGAGUACAACAAGCUCUUGGAAACACUGUUGCCUCUGACAGAUCUGGAGGCCCGAGUAAACCAGGCUGUGGAUCUGAUCACUUCCAGCCAUAAGAAUGUCAACCGUGACUCUCUCCACUUUGCCGCCUCCACCUUCUACUACAAGCUCAAGGCUGCUGACCGCUACGUCCCCACCACCAAAUACCAUGGCAACAUCACCCUGCUGAGGGCCAAAGCCAGUAGUGACUAUGGAGAUGGUCUGGGAGCUGACUACAAACUACAUGAGGUGUGUGAUGGAAAGGUUUCAGUCCAUGUGAUUGAAGGUGACCAUCGUACCUUCCUGGAGGGAGAAGGAGUGGAGUCCAUCACAGGCAUCAUCCACAGCUCGCUGGCAGAGCCCCGCGUUAGUGCCAGAGAGGGUUAAACCCAAACCCUUCAUUACAAUCACAAAUUUUUCCCUUGUUCUCUUUUCCAUUCUCGCUUAUUCACCUUCUCCUGUCAAAAGACACAAGAACACAGUCAGCUGUAGCUCACUCUUAAUCUGCAUGAGUGAAAGCCUAAAGUGGCUGUUCCCUAACACAACAAUACAUCCUGUCUCCUCCUCUCCCACUCUCCAUAUUCAUUCCCUUACUCAUCCCAAAAUGUGGCACAAGGAAUUUUUCUGCUGGAGACAAAAAUCUGUUUAACAAAUGCAUUUUUUCCUUUCUGUUUUUAUUUAGUAAGUUCAAGUCUUGAGUUUCUCAUUCUAUUUUCAUUUGUUCCUUUUCCUUUUUUCUUUUUGUAUGAACAAAAUUAAUAAUUACUGAAUCUUCACAUAGGAAAUUUACUCCAGUAGUUGAAAUAUCAUAAGUAGUUAGCAAAGUGCCAAUGACCUUCAGUAGUGCCUAGGUACUGCAGUCUCUCCUAUGCUAAUGCUAAUUAACAUUGAAGGUCUACUAAUAAGUAUGUGUAGCCCUUUUUAAUCGGGCUUUCCACAUAAACCUGACUUGCAUAUGCAUAUUGAUGUAGACAGCAAAAGUGAUGGCCUGCGCUGCCUAACCACAGUAUUCAAACAGAUCACAAGUCAUGUGUAUGUUGGUUAAAUCGCAGUUUACCAAUGAUUAGAUGUUUCCAAAGUUACUGGUGUUCCAAAAUUACAGUAUUAACACAUUUUUUUACCCAUGUUUACUGUAGUCUUAAUUUUGGUGUUAUUAUCUUAGAAAAAUGCUGCAACAGUUAUGGAAUCGCUGAGGUUUUCUCAGCAGUGCCACAGCCAAGAUCAGGCAGAAAUUGCUUAAAGAGUAACAGGAUUAAGUACAGAAUAAAACUUAUUUUACAUCCAAAUGUUCACUAAAAGGGAAGAUUAUCUUGAAAACCAGCAAAGUCCUCUCAUGGCGUCUUUGUGGAAUGCUGUUUUCCCCACAUUUGAGACAAUAAUGAUGAACCUUACAAAGUUUUAACACCUUGAAGUGAAUGCUGCUUCUGUGCUUGUCUGUGUAACUGCACGCAAAUAACUGGAAAUUUCAUGUUGUAAUAUAUUUGUCUUCUAGUGAAACACAAUACAGACAUUCCUUCUUUACCUAAUUAUUAUUACAAAAUGUAUGUUUCUGAAAUGUCUCUGCUUCCAUAUUGCUCAGCACUUAAUCGUGUCCUUGGAAUUCUUCAAACUGUUCUGCAUCUUUUUACAGCAAAGUGUGCCAGCAUUGGUAGAUGAGUUAGUUAUAGUGCAAUAUGUUUUCUCUUUUGUGGCCAGGUCCACGUAUCACAGAGUUUACCUACGCUCAAUGAGAGAUGUUAGUGAGCUUCUUCUUGUUUUGUUUUUUUUUGUUUUUUUUUAACCACGUGUUGUUAAAAUGAAGGGUUUUAUUUGGUACUGGACUGAAAUGCUGUCAUACGAAUGAGCCCUGAUGGUUUCCCUCUUCCAGUCACAAUGAAGAAGAAAGGCAGCUCUGGAGAUAUCUGAGACUUCUGAUUAAGUCUAUGACGAACCAAAUGCCUUUUUGGAUGUUGUGCUUAGCGCAUAGAAGAACUACGUGGAAAUUUCUUUGUUAGCUCUUAUAUUUUCUACUAUAAUUUUGUUUUUGUGUAAUUUUUCAAGUAUUUAUUGUACUAGUCCAAAUAAAGAACUAUCACUAACAUUAAA